GCAUUUAGCGAAAGUCCGUGCUGGAAAGAAGCAAACACCCAAACGUUCCGACCGUCUCACCGACGGAGAGUGACGAGCAGACAUGAGAUCGACGACUCAGUUUCUGCUGGCGGUGCUGGCCUUGUGUGUUCUCGGCAUUUUGGCACAAAGUGACGGGUUCGGUUAUUCCGGCUACAACUUGUUCCGUCCCCUCUACUACCGUCGCUUGGCUAGGAUGUAUGAUCCGUUCUACUACUCUCGCGCCAGCUACUACACGAACUACGGACGUUACGGCGGCUACGGUGGAUACGGUGGAUACGGCGGCUACGGGGGAUAUGGAGGUUACGGGAGAGGCUUCUUCGGGAUCUGACGCUGAAAAUUCAUGCUCAUCUCGAUCGGAUUGGAAUUGAUCGACUCGGAGGCAAAAUCGAUCUGAACGUCAGAAAAAUGAUUUUUUGAAGCGAAGGCCGAUUCUAGUCCAGUUAGCGGGCCCAUGGGAGAGGAAGGGGUUUAUUUUUUGUA